UCUUUUUCAGAUAAUAACAAUGGACUUGGACAGCAGCAGCAGCAGCAGCAGCAGCAACAGCAGCAAUACGGCGAAGUUAACCAAUUGGGUGGAGUGUUUGUAAACGGCCGACCAUUACCAAACGCCGUGAGACUCCGAAUUGUCGAACUGGCCCAAUUGGGGAUCCGACCUUGCGACAUAUCCCGACAAUUGCGGGUCAGCCACGGGUGCGUUAGCAAAAUUCUAGCCCGCUACCAUGAAACAGGAAGCAUUCUUCCUGGCGCGAUUGGCGGCAGCAAGCCCCGGGUGACAACUCCAAAAGUGGUUCAGUACAUAAAGCAAUUGAAGCUGAAGGAUCCAGGAAUCUUCGCCUGGGAAAUCAGAGACCGGUUGCUGUCUGAUGGAGUCUGUGAUAAGUACAACGUGCCAUCGGUCUCCAGUAUCUCCAGAAUACUAAGGAACAAAGUGGGCGCCAACUCUGGCGCUCUUCACCAUCCUCAUCAUCCUCAUCAUCACCACCAUCAUCACAUAUACGCAGCUGCUGGUGCUGCUCUGUGUCCAGUUCCGUAUCCACCGUCGCCUUAUCACCAGCCUCCUUCGGCAGUCACUCAUCAUCAUCACCACCACCAUCACCAGAGCGAACGAUUAGCUUACAUUAUCACUGCCUCUUCAUAUCCUUCCUUUGACGUUCAUUCUCAACCCCAUCGAAGUUACCCCUCAUCAACGUCGCCCCGAUCUCCCUCUUAUUCGGCGCCCGGAUCGACCU